ACAUUGAAUAAAAAAAAAUUAUGAAGGCAUAAUUUAUGGUCAUUUUUUUCCUGUUCUGCUGACAAAGUCAAUCCCAAGUCCUCUCUCUGUAAAUAAAUAUCUGCAUCUGUUCCUCUUGCGAGGAAAAGGGAGCCAGAGAGAGUGGCUGAGUAAUCGCCAUGGGAGACCCGGAAAAAGACAGCAAUAUGGGGAUGCUGGAGGAGAAGUUGCUGAUAAAGAACAUCUCCGGAAUUAAUGGCGAUGAAGAGGAAGCUGCAAAAAAGGAAGUAGGUCAGGUUCAUGGCUCAGCUGCAGCGGCAGGAACAACAGCUUCUCAUACAUCGUGGAGGCGUUGCCUGAGGACGUUCACAGAAGAGGUGAAGCGGGUGGGCUACCUUGCCGGGCCCAUGGUGGCGGUGACCUUUUCUCAAUACAUGAUGCAGGUGAUAUCCAUCAUGAUUGUCGGCCACCUCGGAAAGCUCGCCCUCUCUAGCACUGCCAUCGCCGUCUCUCUGUCUGGCGUCACCGGCUUCAGCAUCCUUCUGGGAAUGGCAGGUGCAUUGGAAACACUAAGCGGCCAAGCUUAUGGAGCUGAGCAGUACCACAUACUCGGGAACCAAACAAGAACUGCCAUAUUCUGCCUCAACCUCUGCUGUCUCCCUCUGUCUCUUCUCUGGCUCAAUGUUGAGAAACUCCUCAUCCUCGCAGGCCAGGACCCUUUGAUAUCCCAUGGAGCAGGAAAGUUCGCAAAGCACCUGAUUCCUUCCCUCUUUGCAUACGCAACCCUUCAGCCCCUCAUCCGCUUCUUCCAGAUGCAGAGCCUUGUGGUUCCAAUGCUCGUGAGCUCCAUCGCCACCCUCCUCUUCCACAUUCCGGUAUGCUGGAUGUUGGUAUACAAGUCAGGGCUUGGGAAUCUCGGGGCUGCUCUGGCAAUUAAUCUUUCAUAUUGGGUGAACGUGAUUUUCUUCGCAUUGUACAUUAAGUUCUCGCCUGUGUGCACAAAGACAUGGGGCCACAUCUCGAUGGAAAUGUUCAAUGGGGUCGGCGAGUUCUUCCGCUUUGCUGUUCCUUCUGCUAUGAUGGUCUGUCUGGAGUGGUGGUCAUAUGAGCUGCUUGUUUUGCUUUCUGGACUUCUUCCAAAUCCGCAGCUCGAAACUUCUGUUUUAUCCGUCUGUCUAUCAACAAUUGGAACACUCUAUACGAUCCCAUAUGGACUUGGUGCUGCCGGAAGCACGAGAGUUUCAAAUGAAAUAGGAGCAGGAAACCCACGAGCAGCUCAAGUUGCAGUUUAUGCUACUGUGUUCCUCACAAUAGCAGAGACAAGCAUCGUAAGCACGAGCCUGUUUUUUGGUAGACGUGCUUUUGGAUACAUAUUUAGUGAUGACAAGGAAGUUGUGGACUAUGUCACGAGAAUGGCUCCUCUUGUUUGUCUCUCUGUCAUUCUCGAUAGUGUACAAGGAGCUCUUUCCGGGAUUGCAAGAGGAUGCGGGUGGCAGCACAUUGGAGCAUUCGUAAACCUUGGGGCUUUCUAUCUUUGUGGAAUCCCGAUAGCUGUUGUUUUGGCUUUUUGGGUGAAGAUAAGGGGAAUGGGCCUUUGGAUUGGAAUACAAAGUGGUGCUUUCGUGCAAAAUCUCCUUCUGGCAAUCAUCACCAGCCGCAUUAACUGGGAAAGACAGGCAAGUAAGGCGAGGGAGCGGAUAUUUGAGGGAAGCUAUUCCACAGAUUCGGGAUUAUUUUAAUUGCAAAUCUCUACGCUUAAGACAGAUUUCUACUUAUUAGCAUAAUAAUAAUCUUAUAUUGCAGUACAACAAUAAUAGAUGUGGAUUACAUCAGUGUAAGGUCAUUUUUCAGAGGCCUUAGUUAUGAUCUUCUAGUAACUGGCUCUACUUUGCACGA